AGAGGGAGGGAGGAAGAGAGGGAGGGAGGAAGAGAGACGUUGCUAGGUGACAGAGCGUACAUACUGAAUUUUAACAAAAUAACUGGAGAGGAGAGAGUGAGUGAGAGGGACACAGAGGUAGCAGUCAGCAACAUGUAGCCUCGCCGAGUGGAAGGAAAGGUCGUAACUGUGUGUGCGCGGCAUUAUCUGCUUAUUUUAGUGUGUGGAGUGGGGGUGAGACAUGUUUUCGUUUCAUCCCGAGGACAUUACCCCGCAACAUUAAAAUCGAUCAGACUCUAUGCCGCAGGAAAUGUCCAGCGGAGGGAUGGACGGAUGGAUUGUGGUGCACGGAGAGCAGACGCGGAGAGCAAAAAGAGAAGAAGAAGAGUGUCGGGCUCCUGAGAACAGGUCUCCUCUCCUCAUCAGGUGAAGCACUGUGAGCCACUGACACUCCCCCCCCACCUCCCCUCCUCUCCUCCCUCCCUCUCCCCCCAAAGACGUCACCCACUACCCCAAAAUCCCCAGAUCCCACCUGGCCUCACCUGCCAAACCCCAUCCGACAGCUGCCACUGGCCCUCCCCUUACCCCAUGGUGGCCCCAAGGCCCGCCCUCUCACUGCUGUUCGCUGUCCUGGUCUGCACGGGGCCUGUGCGCCCCUCGCCCCCCCUACUUCUGCGGCCCCGGGAGAGAGAGAGGGACUCGGGUGGGGUCAACAUCGCUGUGGUCCACUCGGGCUCCUCCCUGCUCCCGGAGACGGCGGCGGUGGGAGGCGUGGGGGUCAGCGAACCGGGGGCGGGGCAGGGCCAAGGGCAAGGGCAGGGUCAGGGGCAGGGGCCCGGUUUGGGAAACGGUCCAGGAGGAGGUGGAGGAGGAGGAGGAAGAGGAAGGGGAGUUACGGAUACAGCUACGAUGGAAGGAGCAGCUGCCAUGGCCUCGUUCUCCUCCUCCUUCUCAUCAUCCGUGUCGCUGGCGGCGCUCGUGGGGGAGACAGUGAUGACGCCCUCGGGUCAGGCCAACGUAAUCUACCUGGCUGUGAACGAGAGCAGCCCGGGCAGCCUGCUGCUGCAGCUGUGUGAGCUGCUGGCCACCACACCACUGCAGGGUUUGGUGUUUGAGGAGGAGAGACCGCCGCCGCCGAACCAGGCCCCUCUGGCCCCUAUGCUGGAGUUUGUCUCCGCCCAGACGGGGGUUCCUGUGGUAGCCGUAGGGGGAGGGGCCAGCCUGGGACGAGAGCAACAGGAAAGCGGCUCCAUCUAUCUCCAGUUCACCUGCUCCACCGCCCUUCAGCUGGAGGUCAUAUUCGAGGUGCUUGAAGAGUACGACUGGACCUCCUUCUCUGUGGUGACCACCCGUCACCAUGGCUACGAGGACUUCCUGGCCAUGGUGGAGGGUAUGACAGAUGGUUCAUUCAUUGGCUGGGAAAAGAAGAGUGUGGUUAUUCUUAACGUGACGGACGACCCUGGCGGAGCCCGAAUUAAAAGACUGCUCAAAGACAAUGAAGCCCAGGUCCGUCUGCUGUACUGCUCCCUGGAGGAGGCUGAGCUGAUCUUCCGGGCAGCCUUGGCGGCGGGUCAGGCGGGGCCCAGUCACAUGUGGUUUGCUGUGGGACCGGCCCUGUCUGGUUUGGGCCUGGAGGGGCUGCCCAAGGCCUUAUUCGCCAUCCGGCCGCAGGGCUGGAGGGACGAACCCAGAAGGCGCAUUGCCAAAGGCGUCUCUGUGCUUACCCACGGGGCGAUGGCUCUGCGGCGGGACCAGGGGAGCAACAGCCGGGCGCAGUAUGCUGGCAACUGCCAGACUGACGGCAACCAGACCCACAGGGUGCCAGACAGAAUCAGGUACUUCAACAACAUAUCCAUCGGUGGGCGGGAUUAUUCCUUCAACAGUGACGGCUACCUGUCCAAUCCGCUGCUCGAUGUCAUCUCCUACACCAAUGGAAGGGGCUGGGAAGAGGUUGGCUGGUGGGAAAAUGGGCACCUGCGUCUGCGUUACCAUCCCUGGUCUCGUUACGGCUCCUUCCUGAAGCCUCUGGACGACUCCCAGCACCUCCGAGUGGUUACCCUGGAGGAGAGGCCAUUUGUCAUCGUGGAGCCGGCUGACCCUGGCACCAGCUCCUGCAUCCGAGACUCUGUACCCUGUCGAAUGCCUGUCAAUGCCAGCUUGGUGGUGGAUGGCGCCGGGCCCAUGAAGCACUGCUGCAAAGGGUUCUGCAUCGACGUCCUCAAGCGACUGGCCAAAAUAGUGGGUUUCACCUAUGACCUCUACCUGGUGACCAAUGGGAGGCAUGGGAAGAACAUAGAUGGGGAGUGGAACGGCAUGGUUGGAGAGGUGGUGUCCAACAGGGCUGACAUGGCCAUCGGUUCUCUCACCAUUAAUGAAGAAAGGUCUGAGGUCGUAGAGUUCUCCGUACCAUUUGUGGAGACUGGCAUCAGCGUCAUGGUUUCUCGGAGCAAUGGCACCGUGUCGCCUUCUGCUUUCCUCGAGCCCUACAGCCCAGCGGUGUGGGUGAUGAUGUUUGUGAUGUGCCUGUCGGUGGUCGCUGUCACCGUCUUCAUCUUUGAGUUCUUUAGCCCCGUGGGAUACAACCGCAGCCUGCAGAGCGCCAAGAAGUCAGGUGGAUCUAAGUUCACCAUAGGGAAGUCCGUGUGGCUGCUGUGGGCGCUGGUCUUCAACAACUCUGUGCCUGUGGAGAAUCCCAGAGGAACCACCAGCAAGAUCAUGGUGCUGGUGUGGGCCUUCUUUGCGGUCAUCUUCCUGGCCUCCUACACUGCCAACCUGGCUGCCUUCAUGAUCCAGGAGGAGUACAUCGACACGGUGUCAGGGCUGUCGGAUAAGAAGUUCCAGCAGCCGACGGAGCAGUACCCUCCGCUGCGUUUCGGAACAGUGCCAAACGGGAGCACGGAGGAGAACAUCCGCUCCAACUAUCCCAACAUGCACCAGUAUAUGAUCCGCAACAACCAGAAGGGGGUCGAGGAGGCCAUCGAAAACCUCAAGACCGGGAAGCUGGAUGCCUUCAUUUAUGACGCUGCUGUGCUGAACUACAUGGCCAGAAAGGAUGAGGGCUGCAAGGUGAUGACUAUCGGCUCAGGGAAGGUGUUUGCCACCACGGGCUAUGGCAUCGCUCUGCACAAGAACUCCCGCUGGAAACGACCGCUGGACCUGGCCCUGCUGCAGCUGGUUGGAGACGAUGAGAUUGAUAUGUUGGAGCGCCUCUGGCUGUCGGGUAUCUGCCACAAUGAUAAGAUUGAGGUAAUGAGCAGUAAACUGGACAUAGACAACAUGGCGGGGGUCUUCUACAUGCUGCUGGUGGCCAUGGGUCUGAGCCUCCUGGUAUUUGCCUGGGAGCACCUUGUGUACUGGAAACUACGGCACUGUGUGAAGCACUCCGGUGGGAUGGACUUCCUCCUGGCUCUCAGCAGGGGGAUGUACAGUUGUUGCCAGUUUGAGGAUGAGACAGCACCUGGAGGUGGCUCUUUGCCUCAAUACCACACCAUGACCACCAUGUCUACUGCUGCCCAACAACACCUUGUAACAGCCACAAUAAAUAACACGACUGCCAUUGCCAUGGUGCAGCAGCAACAGCAACAGAAGCACCACCAGCAACAGGGGCCGACCUAUACGACCAUGCUCCCCGGAUCACCGCAAACUACAGGACAUUCAGCAAUGGCUAUGGGACCCUCAAACAGCCCCUUGCUGGAAGGCCCCAUGCCCUGCUCCACCUUCUUGCCUCGCCAUGACCGCAGACUAGCGGUGGUUGAUCGUUGGAACAGGCCAAAGCCAGAGAAAGUCAUGAGUGUUAGCAGUGGUGGAGGAGUAGGUAUUGGGGGAAUAGCAGGAGGGAUCACUGAACUUCAGGUGCCGCAGUAUCAGGCGAACCUUGGACAGCACUGGAACCCAUUAGGCGGAGUUGCAAGUGGAGCAGGGGGAGGAGGUGACACAGGGCUAGAUGAAUAUAAGCGCUACUAUGGUCCGAUAGAUCCAGAGGGGCUAGGGGCUAACUCUGACAAACAGGCAGGGGGACCCCAGCAGACUCCUAAAGCUAAUCCUCGAGGCCCCAAAGCCUCAGGGAUGCCAAGGAUGCCUUCUAAAGUCCCUCAACAAGGACCAGGGCACUUAAUCUCCCAGCCACCUCCACUGAUCCCAUCUUCCCCCCGAAGACCUCCUUUCUGGCGACGAGGAAGCCUAGCACAGGCAAGGAGAAAAAGCUUUGGAGGUCCCCUGUAUGAGAAUAUACUCCCUCUAGGGAGACGAGGAGGUGGGAGGUAUGGUGCAAGUGAUGGAGGUGGAAGGAGAGGGCGACGUCCUCCUGCACCUCCUCCUCUGCCUGUUCCUCUCUGCUCCCCAACACAUACUCCUACUACACCCUCCUCCCCAUGCCGUUUCUACUCCUCCUGCUCCAGUGCCUCGUCAUCCUCCUCUUCCGCUACAUCAUCCUCAUCCUCUUCUUCAUCAUCUGUCUCACUGUCUCGGUCGAAUUCCCCCUCGUCCUGCUCCAGUGACAGCUCCUACAACUCCUCAUUGAGUUUUCGGUAUCGUGCUGGCGACAGGGAACUUACGGUGGAUGACGAUUGUGACUCAGAUCUGCUUACAGAGGAGUCCAGCCUCCUUCUGGGUACACGGAGGAAGAUUCGUUCUCGUCGCAUGUCAUCACGCUCGCUGCCGUGCAGCCCUCCACCUCCGCCAGUCCCGCCCCGCAAACCACGCACUCAGAGAGAUAGCGGCAGAGAGAGCAGAGAGAGAACUGGCAGCCAACUGGCCCAAUUACAGGAGUGGUGGGCAUCAUGGGGAGAAAGAGAGCGUGUGAGGUUAGGAACAACAAGCCGGGGAGAAGGAGGAAUGGGUAAAGAGGAAAAGAGACACCACAAAGAGAGGGAGCGUGAGAGAAAGAGGAGGAAGAAAGGCAGGAAAAAGAAGAAGAGGGAGGACAGGGAGAGAGAACGGGAGCGCAAGCGGCGCAAAGCUAAGAAAAGGAAGAAAGAGGACAAGACAAGGAAGAGAGAGCGGAAGAGGUCAGAGCAGGAGGGGGGAGAUCCUGAAAAAAGGGAAGAACUCAAAUCAGGGACACCAGAUUACCCAUCAUACCCACCCUUGAGGCGAGAAUCCUUUCGGAAAAAAAGUGAAAGCUCAAUAAGAAGCUAUGGAUGGAACAUCCCAGGUGAAGAGGAGAGGAAGGAAAGAGAAGAAAAAGAGAGGAAUGAUGGGGAAGACAGCAGAGGCAAAGAAAGACCAAACAGGAGAAGGAACAGCAAGCACUAUCAAAGUUCGAGCAGUAAACCUUCGACAUCUGUCAAAUUCUGGGGAGGGGUCAACCCAUCCUCUGACACCAUUCCAUCUGCCUUUCUGCCCUUGUUGCCUCUCUCCUCUAACAGGAGGAAGAGUAAAAGUUCAGACAGGGAUGUUGUAGGAAUUGAAGGAGAGAGGAGGCCAUUGCUGGGACAGGGUGGAAGAGCUGAGAUGGUUUCCAAGGAGGGGUUAUCUUUCCACAAGUGGGAGUCUGGAGUAGAGGGGGAAGAAGAAGAUUCUGAGCUGGAGAGGAGGAAAGCUGAACGUGGAAAGAGGCGAGGAGGAGGAAGGACAAUGUCCGAUGAAGAGCGAGAACGUGAUAAGGUAGUCGGGAUAUAUUCCGAUGAUGAUGGUUCUUCAGGAGAGUUUGGGAAGUUUGAGAGAUACUGGGAGGAUCAUGAAGGCAGAGCGGUAGGAGGUAUUGGUGGGGGAGGUUGGUUUUUUAGCACCUACCCUUCCAGGGAAAAAGCCAGCAGCAUCACAAGUAGAGAUGACCUGUUCUUGGAGAGAGGAGAGAGGUGGGGGACGGCAGAAAGUGGAUGGGGGUCUGGUGGAGGUGGCGGUGGUGGAGGAGAAGGAGUAGAUGGAGGGUGGGGGUCUGGAUCACACUGGCCCCCACCUCCUCUCACCCCACCACCACCCCGACGAUACUGGUCGGUCGACAAACUCCACCUUCAGAAUGAGAAGAAGAGUAAACGCAAGUCCAAGGACAAGGGGAGAGGGCGCGCAGGUUGUUCCUCCUGUCAUUCCCCCCAACACCAUCCGCACUCCCAAUCCUCCAAAUGGGCCCGGGUAACCUCACGUAGUGAGGAAGAGCUGUACCGCCAGAGUUUUGGUGGCCCACUGAAGCCUAAACAUGACUCCUCAGCUUCCACCAAACUUGAUCGCUCACAGAAUCCAUCCAAAUCUGGCAGCCAGUCAAACCUCAAUAUCCAACAGAGGACACAAAGAGCAGAUAGGGAUCGAGAUCGAGGACGACAAUCAUCCCCACCUCCGAACCUCAUACCGAACUUGCCACCCCCACUUCCUGCCCUUCCAGCUCCUCCGUCUUCAUCUCACCCUAUCCACACUCCUCUCCCUACCUCUUCCUCUUCUGUAUCCUCUCCCUCUGUGGUCUCAUCAACCCCAGGGGCCCCCCAACCCUCUUCCAUGGCUUCGGCAAGUGCCAAACUACAGUAUCAGAGGUUGCGCUCUGUUCCCCAGCCCCAGAGGUUUCCUCAGUCUCCUCACGUACCCCUCAAAGCCAAGAGCCUUUGCUCGCGAAGGGGCUCAGCCCAGUUCUCCAGCGUGGAGAGCGAGGUGUGAAUAUCAAAAGUCAUAAGAGCCCUGAAAGGGCUAAGGACAAGCAGGUGAUCUGGAUCUGAAUCUGCCCUGCAGCAAACAUGGCUGCACGGCCAAGUCAGAACAGUAUACGCACUGUGCCCUUUCCUAAAGCUCUGCACAAACAAACCAGAAAGCCAAACAAAUCCUAUCCGGUAGUCAAAGGAAAACAGGAGAAAUAUUGUACUUGUUCCUUUCAUUCCUCUCAGUAUGUGAAAGACUACAACCACAGCAACAACUUGCAUCCUGAACUGGAUAAUCAACCAAUUACAUUAAAAAGCAAAUCUGACUUUAAAAGUGGUACAACUGAAAGAGACUCCUUUGCUAUAUCCAGUGAAGGUCUUUGGAUGUUGAAGCAGCAUAGUUUGUAUUCUGAGGAUUCUUAAUGCUUACUGAGGGCUCAGGAACUUUGUAGUACUGUAUGCCUGCUGCUCUCGGAAGCCUUUAACACAGAACCGUGUUCUUACAUUUGUCCCUGAAACAAUUCGCUUUCAACUGCUUUUCUUUUUCCUUAAGAAACUGUUUACACCCCCGCAGAACUGUGACACCCUCUGAGGCACCAUUGUUGUGUUUGAUCAAUAACUUGUAGUUUGGAGGGAGAGGAGGGUGAUAACCACCUUGUCUUCUCUGUGUUAUUCACCCUUUCCUGUCUCUUUUGUUCUACCAUGUCUUGUUCCCCUGUAUUCUCCUUUCCCCCCUUAUUUUCACUUGCUUUCUCUUUUCUCUGCUCUACGUCCCUUUCCUUACUACCUUUUUCAAAGCUGUCUUUUCGUGUCUCUUGUCAUGUCCUCUCCUGUCCUCCCCACUUGGCUCCACUCGUUGAUGUGAUGAUUAUGUGUGUCUGUGCUUUUCUGUGUGUGUAUUCUUGACAACAGGGUAAGUCAACUGUGACUGAUAUUCUACUGGCUUAAUGAAAGCUGAGUGCCAAACUUAAGUAGAACUCGACAUCAAUCUGUACAAUGUUAGCUGUUUCCUUUUUAUCUCGCAGUUUUUCAUCAUCUCCUAAAUCCGCGAACAUGCAAAUACACACUCGCACACUUAAAGUGCACACAAACACUAGCAUACAUGAACAUGCAAGGACAAGUGCAAGUCAAUUCAUAUUUUCUCUUUCUAGAGCAAUACAUAAUUCACCUUCUGUUCAUGUUACAAUGUUAUACUUUGAAACGUUUUAUUCUGUGUUGUAGUUGUUGUUGUUGUUGUUGUUGUUAUUGAUUGUUUUCUAUAUAUCAAGACAUGUAUUAAGUCUCAUGCAAUGUAAGCACUGUGCCAUUUUUCUCAAGCUGCACAUGAAACAUUCUCUCAACUACCUAACUAUGACAAUGGAGGCAGUUUCUUUUCCCCUCCCUGUAUUUGACUGAAUGCGAAGUCAGCCACUAUCACGUGUGCUGCGACAACAAUUGAAACACUUGGAGAUGGAAAUGUAAGCAUUUCUGAUGGUUAGCGUGGGUGACAAAUCGAAAAGAUAGAAAAAUAGUUGACUUUAGUUCAUUGUCGAUGUAGCCUGACGUAAGCAACGGUAUGCUAACCUUAGCAUGCUAAGUGCUCUGCUUAUGAAGGAUUACAUCUGCAAUGGGUCACAGUUUGAAUAAUUGUUUUGUUUUUUUUCUCCUGCAAGUAUCCCAAUUAGUGCCAAGAGUACAGAAGUACAGAAAUAAUUUGCCAAUGAAAAUUAAUCUACCAAGAUUUGAGUAGGAAUGUGUCUAACAUGCUAGGUGUAGCUACACAGCUUUGUUGGACAAGGUGAAAGAUUGUUGCAGGGAAAUAAAUACUUAUAGCCUUAUGCUUGUUGCUCCUGUCAUAUAUUUUGUGUAAAGUAUGAAGGUUUGUGCUUUGAUCAACAUGUAUGUGGUUAGCUGCAUGCUAUGAAGACAGUGUGAUUGGAAAAGGGAGCGUUUUGAUUGGUGCCAUAUCAGAUGUAGUGCAAAUGCCGUUUUGAUGUCAAAGAGACCGUGCCUAUGUUGAAUGGUAGCUAUAGCAGAUGGUUUUGAAGAGGUUUGACUGAUGGUGUAUGAAAGACACAGUAUCACCUCCUGUGCAUUUUUCUGAAUCAUUUAUCGUAUCCGGUAAAUGUGUCACUAAGAGCUAUAGCUUUUUAAUCCAUGACCGAACUGACACCAGCAGUUACACUCAGAUGUAAAGAUCUUAGCUAUAGUAGCUAUUAAUAUCCAUUAACAUUCAAAUUGCAUCAGGACACUGGACAUCAGUGGAGUUUUUUAAUGGAGAGGCCUGAACUUCUGGCACAACACUGUGUGUGUUUUUCAGUCGGUUAUAGUCCAUCUAUCCAUUACCAGUUUGGUCAGCUCUUGUUUGCCUGGAACUGCAUCUGAGCCAUAAUUUAAUUCAGCUGAAGAAACAAAAUGAGAACUUAAGUUUUAAACAUAAACUUGUUUGUUUUUGUUUGCCUUUAAAAAAAAAAAAAAACCUAUACAUAUAUUUAUCAUAUAUAUAUAUGUGUAUUUGUGGCGGUGGUUAGUGUUAGAGAAAAUUGUUGUUUAGCAUCUUGAUAUUUUGGGAUAUGUUUUGUCAUUCCAAGUCCAUUGAAAUAAUAAUAUAAAUAUCAUGCGUUAAAAACACACAUGCUCUCAUAUUUACUAACAACAGGGAACUUAUUAUCAGUUUCUUUGACAAAGUUUGACUGUAUUAAGCCAAGUUGGAGGCAGUUCAGUGCUUUGCUUAUUCCAAACAGCAAAUAACAAGCUUAUACACAUUUCAAUGAAAGCAAGAAGUGUGUAGUAGAGUGAGUAAGUGUGACAUGUUUCAGUGCAUUCACACCGCAAGCAACUCCAGUCUGUUGUCUCAAGUACAAACAAUCUCUGCGACCUAAAAUCAAGCUAAAAUCUUUCAAGAGGAUUUGUGUUGCAGCAACAGUGAACAAGCAUGUUUGGCACGUCCAACCUACGAAGCUAAUGAUGCAGGUAUGGUUAGCCGAAGUCCAUUGUGCCAGGCAUAAAAUAUACACAUACCACCAUGUUAUUGCACUUAUGUGCAGAGCAUAAGCUGCUAGCGGUGUGAACACAAAGCUUGGUUGUUUGAGAAACAAGCCACCUUUAUGUCCUUCUCUCCCCUUGCCUCUUUUUUUCUCAUGUCUUUCCACUGUGUUGUUGCGUGUCUGCAAUUGUAAAGCUGGUCUGUUUAAAAAAAAAAAAAAAAAGGGUAUGUGUGGAUAUAUUUAUUUCAUCAAAAAGAAAAAAGAGCAUAUCUAAAUACAUAUGAUAGUAUAUUUCAAAGCACUAAGAGCUAUGUUAUUUAAGUUUGUCUACUACAUUUUCGGUAUUAUCUCAAUCAAUGUCUUUUUUGUCUGUUUGUCUGUCUCCUUGUCUCAAACCUCCUUCCCAGCUCCCUACCCCCCAGCGAAAACAGAGACCAGUAUGUAACUGUGUUUUUGCUCUCUUAAGACCAACCAUUCACCUCCAUUGGCUAUCUACUGUAGCUGACGCUGAGAUUUCAACAAAGUGACAGAGUGGAGGACUGCACGAGUGUCUUAUGACCGUGUCACUGUAGCAGUGGUGGCGUGUCUUUGUCUACCUAGAGGGGCCUUUAUUUUGGUGGAGGCUACGGAUUAACAACUAAUUAAACCUUUUAUGGAUACAGCAGCUUUUACCACAACUCUCACAUAUGUAAGAGUCACUUUCUCAACCCUGUUUUGGGUUUACAUUGGACCCUAGAGUUUUUACCGCGGAGUAGAGUAAGGUGACUUCUUUGAAACACAAUGUAGCGAGCAGCACAGGCUUUUUAUUUGCAUCUCUUAGUAGCUGUAAUACUAUACAAAAACUUGCACAGCUACCCCUGCCGACCAACUUAUACAGUAUACAUAAGGACUUUGAUAUACGUAAAUAGUGUGUUGUAUCUGCCAAGCUGCUGUGCUGUAAACAAAAGAGAAAAAAAAGAUUAUAUAAAAUUAUACACAACAGACACUGUUUCUUUCUUCAUUUUACAAAACUGGUUCAAAGUUAAUAUGAGUAGGGCUAAAUCUGCUUGCUAGUAUGGUUUCCACUAAGGCCAAAAAUUGCCUAACCAGGGCUUUCUUUUUAUUAUCACAUCUUCAAACUUUUCGCCACAUUUAUUCCUGAAUAAACAACAAUGAUCCUGCACACAUCAUUGAGUGGAACAUGGAAACACUGCCUGAGAUAAGAGAUCCAUCCUCCUGUCCAACCAUUGCUUGCUUAUGAUACAUUGAUAAGUCAGUAUGGUCAAAGAUGAAUAAUUCUUCAACCCUGAGCCCUGGUAAGACCAGUUUUAGCCUGCAGUGGAAACACAUCCACAGUUUCUGCCUGUUACACCUCUGAACAAUGUCUCAAGGCCUUGUAUUAAUACUGCUGUAUUGACUGUACGGGAUGAUGGCUAGUGGUGCAACACUUUAUUGUCAUAAUCUCUCACAGGCACAUUAAACACACAAACAUGCAUACACUGUCAGAUGUACAUGGGCACACACACACACACACAGGUUAGGGUGGUAGUGCUGCUACCCCUCCGAUUCAGCCUUCUGCCACCUGUCGGGACAAUUUUGACAAUAUUGUGCUGCACUGCAAGCAGGAAAUAAAUAAAAAAGAUGAUUUUAAUAAAGAACUAAAACAAA